UCGGGGCUAGUGUUGGUGACGUCACAUUCCUUCGCCCUGGUCCGCUCUUUCCCUCCUCUGUUUGAGUUUUGGUUCCUUUGCUUCUGUUUCGGUGUUUUGUGCCGUGUUCGCCUUAAAGGAGCUCGGAGAGUUUGUGUGAGCAGCAUGGGUCCCGUGGAGCUGCUGCACAUGUCCGUGUUCUCUCAGAGUUUCUCUCCCUGCGGUCGCUUCCUGGCAGCUGGAAACAACUACGGCGAGAUCGCAGUGUUCAGUUUGUCUGCAGCUCUGAGUCCAGACUCCACCGCGCUCAACCAGAAACCCGUUCUGACCUUCACAGCUCAUGAGGGGCCGGUCUUUUCCCUUCUGUCCACUGACUGCCACCUGCUGAGCGCGGGAAAUGGAGAGAUCAGCGCCUGGAGCUGGAGCGAGCUCACCAAGAAGAACGUCAAACCUCUGUGGACCCGAAGACCGAACUACAAAUCCAGCCUGGAGAUCCCAGAGAUCAACUCCAUGACCAUCAACUCCAGAGAUAACAGCCUGGUGGUUGGAGGAGGCGAUAACAACAUCCAUGUCAUGGACCUGGAAAACGGUGUGUUCAAGACCGUCCUUCAGGGUCACUCGGACUACGUCCACUGCGUGACUGUAAGAGAGAGGGAGGCGGAGAUCCUGUCGGGGGGAGAGGACGGAGCAGUGAGGGUGUGGGACAGCAGGACGGGUCAGUGCGUUCACUGCAUCGAGGUCUACAAGUACGAGGUGUGUGCGCGGCCUCAGUACGGUAAAUGGAUCAGCUGCGUGACCACCGACUCCGACUGGAUGCUGUGUGGUGGCGGACCGUCUCUGUCUCUGUGGCACCUUCGCUCGCUGUCACCGACCUCCAUCUUUAACCUGAGCGGGUGCCAACGACAGGCCGCCUUCCACCAGGACUUGAUCCUAACGGUGGGUGAAGGUGCGUUCGUGUCGCACUGCCUGCUGGGCGGCGAGGUCAAAGCUCAGAUUCCCUGCACGCCACAGAGCCUGAACACGCUGCAGCUCAACAACAACAGCACCGAGCACCGGGUGCUGACAGUCGGCGGCAGCAGCGACCACAUCGACGUGUUCACCAACCUCUCCUACAGAGCCUUCUCCCUCAGAUUCUGAACUUCAUGAGACCCCCCCCCCCACACACACACACACACACACACUGAACUGUCUGUUCACAUUUUCCAUAUUUUUAUUCAUUUCUGACAUUUUUGGGGAUUUUGUAUCUGCUGUCUGUGAGCUUCUUUAAAGAAUAAACAUAUGAAAAUAAAAGCAC